AUUCGAGAUUAUAUUCACGUCCAGGAUUUGGCACUUGGCCAUGUAAUGGCUAUCGAGAAGUUGAAUUCUCCCGGUAUCUAUGAAAUUUACAACCUCGGCUCAGGAAAAGGCUACUCUGUUUUGGACGUCAUAAAGGGCAUCGAAGUUGCAUCUGGCAUAAAAGUACCCUACAAAAUUUGUCCACGUCGGGCUGGAGAUAUUGAAACAGUGUAUGCUGAUCCCACCAAAGCCGAAAGAGAGCUGGGUUGGAAGACUGAAAAAGGGCUCAGUUUAACAAUAGGUUCCAUUUAUGCUACAAGCGUUAAGUCCUAA